UCCGCCUCCGCCGCCGUCGCAGCUGCUCCAGACCCGAGACCGGACUGCCGCACUCCAGGUUACCAUGCUUCGACACGUGUUUCUCGUCGUGCUGUUUGUCGCGCUGGCUUACGUGCACUGCAAGCCGGCCUCCCUUCGACCUCUGCACCGGGCUAAAAGGUGGGAAGAGUUUCCGAACGUGACAUUCACGUUUGACUGCUCGGACCGCGCCGUGGGAUUCUAUGCCGACAUGGAGCAUCACUGCCAGAUCUUCCACAUGUGCGAUGAGGACGGCAGACGCAUCCCCUACCUCUGCGCCAACGACACUUCCUUCAACCAGGAGUACCGUGUCUGCGACUGGGAGUACAACUUCGACUGCCAGAAGUCACAGGACUGGUACUAUCUUAACGAACUGACAUACGUCACUGAUCCACCAAAGCCCAAGAACGCAAGGCCCAUAAACGCAGGACAAUAGGAGUGAAACACCCAAAGGCUUCUUGUUUAACUGAGCCAUAAUUGUCGCAAGUGUCAGCAACAAAAGUGUUAUAAACUAUCAUUUUUAUGAACUAAACAGCUGUGUAAAGUAUACAUUACUCAAAGAGAGAACAUUAUGAAUCCAAAGGUCUACUAAAAAUCUCAUCUUCACGACUUAUCCUGAGAUACGAACGUAUCAAAAUGAAUGUUCUGCAUUUAGUUCAAUAUCAAAAAAAGGCUGACAGAUGUUUUAAUUUUACUCAUAUUAGCAUGAAAUUUGUGUGCCAUCAAGAAAACAUGUUCAAAAUAUUUUUAAGCAUGUCGUGAUAUACCUGUUUUUAUAUAUAAAUUCAUGUUUUCCUGUAUUUUAAUAAAUGUAAGUGUUUUAUACUCUA